CCUUGCUCCAGCUCAACCAGGAAGUAAAGUUUCUAUUUUCUCUGGGCUCAGAAGUUUAAUACCAGGCAAAGCAGAGGGGAAGGGGGGGUGGACGAGGCCUCCCAGAAGAGGAGAUCAGAGUCACAGCUCCUAGUUGUGGGAGAGGAUGACGACGCUCAUUCACAGAGGGCGGCGUGCUGACGUGGGCAAGAACGCCGACAAGAGGCUGGAGGGCGAGGACGACGACUCGAAAGACCGAAACCUGGAUGAGGAGGAGUCGGGUGACUCCAAAGAUAUCCGCCUGACCCUCAUGGAGGAGGUGCUGCUCCUGGGACUGAAGGAUAAGGAGGGCUAUACGUCUUUCUGGAACGACUGCAUCUCCUCGGGCCUGCGCGGCGGUAUUCUCAUCGAGCUGGCCCUGCGCGGACGUAUCCAGCUGGAGCCGCUCACCAUGAGGAAGAAAAGGCUGCUGGACAGAAAGGUGCUCUUAAAGUCAGACACCCCGACCGGCGACGUCCUACUAGAUGAGACCCUUAAGCACAUCAAAGCCACAGAGCCUGCAGAGACAGUCCAGUCAUGGAUAGAGCUGCUCACAGGCGAGACCUGGAACCCCUUCAAGCUGCAGUACCAGCUGCGCAACGUGCGGGAGCGCAUCGCCAAGAACCUGGUGGAGAAGGGCAUCCUGACCACGGAGAAGCAGAACUUCCUGCUCUUCGACAUGACCACCCACCCGGUCACCAACACCACCGAGAAGCAGCGUCUGCUCAAGAAGCUGCAGGAAAGCGUCCUGGACCGGUGGGUGAACGACCCGCACCGCAUGGACAGGAGGACCUUGGCCUUGCUGGUGCUGGCCCACUCCUCGGACGUACUGGAGAACGUUUUCACCCCGCUGGCGGACGACAAGUACAACACGGCCAUGAACAGGUCAAAGGACCUCUUGGACUUGGACCCUGACGUGGAGGCCACCAAAGCCAGCGCCACGGAGAUGAUCUGGGCUGUUCUGGCGGCCUUUAACAAAGCCUAAAUCCAGACUGCCUUGCCCAUUGGACGUAGCACGGGACCUUUGGGUGGGGAGCUGCCCUGGGCCGGGCCAGCGUAAACUCUGUUCUACAUGGCACCUGGGUUUGACUGAUGUCCACCCCUGCCCCAACCUACCUCUCUUGGCUGGGGAUUGUUGUGCUGGUAGAGUGAGCGACUGUAUGUUGUGUGUCCUCUUCUUGUAAACACUCGGCUAAAUGAAGGUCUUUGUCUCCUGUGGGGGGGGAGGGUUGGCUUGGCUUGCGGCUCAGUCAGCUCUCUCGUUUCCCAUCACCUUUUGGAGAAUGGAGAUGUAGAAUUGCCAUCGGGAUGUAUUCUGCUCUUCUUUUCUCUCCAUUGAUUUUUAUGGGGGUGGGGUUAGCUUGAGUUGAUGGGGCCUGCUCCAUUCCUGCACUUGGGGGACUGACAAACAGGGUGGCUUUAAGCCACCUUUGUGCUCCCUGUGUUCUGAGGCUUGCCUGGCCCCCCCCAACAGUGUAAGUUAGAUCAGUCCAGAAGCUGCUCUACACUAUGUUCUGAUCCCCAUGGCGACCAGUGGGCCCUGGGAAGUGGAGAAUCGCUGUUACGCAGGGUACUCUGGGCAUGCUCCUGGUCUCCACCGUAGGGGGCAAGGCCAUUGCAGAGCCCUGACGCCAGCUCCACUGUAGCCAGGGAAGGGGGGCGGUUCCCCAUUGUCAGGCUCACUUGUACUGCCAGAGCACUGCGAAGGGGCCUGGGUGUUACCAAGAAUCAGGCUGGUAGAGUCUGACCUGGUCUGACACUCGCGCUGGUGUAAUCCCGGUGACUGCAGGGGUGCAGCUCCUGGCACACGCCGGAGUCCCAGAGAUCGGUAUCGCGGCCUCUGAAACCACGGGGAUGUAGCUGCCCCUUUACUCAGCAUGGCUAACUUCUUCAUGACCUUUCCUAUUCAAUGUCUGCUGGGACAGGGAGGGCCCAAUUCACAGCCGCAUGACUCCUGGCAGAACUCCUCUGAGAUCGGUACAGUCACUGACCUGCUGUGACCUUUCAGUGCAACGUGGGAGGGAGAGUGCUUGGCUGGCUGAGCCAUGUUGGAAAAGACACAGAAAUGAUCUGUGCCCAGAGCCCAAUUCUCCCCGCCUUGCAUCAUGCGUGAUCUGUCUGCACCAGUGCAAAGUGAGCAUGUGGGUUUACUUUCGUGUUGCGCUGGUGCACAUGGCAUGGCAGUGGAGAAGUGGGCCAAUAGGCUGCUUGAGCCGUUUAAAGGUGAACACGACUGGCCCACUCCUGCAGCCUUCACUCGUGUGAAUAGCCGCCCGUGGGGGGUCUGCAUUUGUGAGUGAAGGCGACCGGGACUGAGCUCUCAGGUCAGGCUUUCAGAGACCGCCCUGUGGAAGGGAGCCUGUACGGCUGGUAAAACUGCUUAGGGAAAAAUCAAAACAAAACUCAUUUUCCAUGGAAUUUUUUUUUAACUUUUCAGCAAAAAAAUCAAAAAUUAAAAUAUCUGGUGCCUCAUGGGAGUUGUAGUUCAGUCACCUUGAGUGCCCUUCUAUGGGCUUCCUAGUUGGACUACAUCUCCCAUGAUGCACCACGGUCUCGUCUCUUGGUGAGGGGAAUUUGUGCGUGAUUGGAAGCGCUAUGGCCAAUUGGCCAUGGUGCACCGGUGGAAAUUUUUCAGCCGGCCUUAACCAUGAAUGGAAUUGACUCAGUCUUUGCGGUGGAUCCGGAAACGGCCCAAAACGCAGCUGGUCUAAAAGUGGGAGAUUUGGGUUUUUUUUGUUUUUUUUUUUUUUAGAACAUAAGUAGCUUUUAAUGGCCUUGCAUGAAUUCUAGGUGGCCAUGUGAAGUCUCUGUGCCCAAGAGAAGGAUAUAAACUUUCCCUGUAGAGAGGUGGAUUUUAGAAAUCUAGACUGGAGCUUUCAAAAUCAUCCAAGGGACUGUGAAUUUCAAUGGGAAUCGGGUGCCGGACUCCUUUGAACACCCCCAGAGCUAAUAAAUAAUUGCAGUAGGAUUUCUAGGCCGUGCUGCUGCACAGAUGGCACCCGGUGUUCUGUUUAGCCUGUGUCUUACUUCCCCAUCAUCCUAUGCUGCCAUCGCGUCUGUGUUUACUCCUGCAACUGAGUUUCCAGGGUCGUCUGUGAGUUUUCAGAGCUUGUUGGUGUCCGGAGCAGGCUGCACCAGUGUGUGGAUAGGACACUCGCGCAGGAAUCAGCCUCUUACCCGGAUGGGCCCAAAUCAGGUUAAGGAGGCGUUACCCGGUGACAACGCAAAGCUGUAAGGAGUAAUGUGAGCUCCCUCCAGUUUGACUGUUGUGGCUGAAUGAGUGCCUAAAUCCACAGGCCAGGUCUUCAGCUGCGAUAAGCCAGCACAGCACCAUCAACGUCAGGGGAGCUACAACCGUUCGCACCAGCUGGGGAUCCGGCCCUGGAUCUCCAUUUCGGUUACACCUGUGCCAGUUCGGAGACACUCCAGAUUUACACGGGGGUGAGAGAGGAGAACUCGGCUCUUGCGUUUAGAUCCACGAGGCCGUGAACUUCCCGAAUCGGACAACGUGCCUAGAAGCAAACGGCCUGAUUCCGCUCACAGUCACAGGAGUGUAGACGAGAGAAGAGAGUUAUGCCUCAGAAAGCCAAUGUACAUGAGAUCCGGAUCAGGCCCACCAGCCUCCAGCUUGCGAGGAGAAAGGGGGCGAAUUCUAUUCGGCCAACUCAAUUCGGUUAUAAUUGACCCUCCCUGUCUCUUUUUGAAUCCUGCAAAAUUCUUUCCUGCCUUUUGAUGAUCAAUCCAUUUCCCAGCGCGAGCUCCCUGAUCAACGCAAAGGAGGAACAGACACGUUAGGCAGCAGGGAAUGGAAAGUAAGAUUCUGGGCUAAUUCCUCAUUGACUUAGUGAAGGCACUCCCAGAUAGUAGCAGCACGGGGGAUAAACAGGCCCUGGACUCCUGGCGCCUUGCAAGCAGAGAUCAUCAAAGCAAAGAUAUUCUAGAUUUUGCAUUUACUACCUAUUGUCUUUUAUUCAUGUCCUCGGUUUGCUAUGAGCUCUGCAAAUAUUUGCAGUCAGGGUAGGGUGGUUCUCUGCUAAUGGAGUGGACACUAUCCUACCAGCCCCAUUGCAUGCUGCACCAAGCCAGAAUGUCCCCAGCUAAGCCAGGCUUUUGAGGUGAACAGCAGGGGGAAGGAGGGGGGAGGAGAACUGCACCUGACCUACAUGCAUGACAUAACACUAAUUGGAACCUGUGGUCCAUUGUGGGGAUACGUGGCAGGGGCACAUUGGGAAGCUGACUUGUAUGAGACUCCAGGACUUGGUUUGCUCUGUUACAUGUGGAGUGUCUCCAUUGGUGUCAAUGGGUCAGAUUUUCAGCUGGGGCAAAUCAGCAUAACCUAACUCCACUGACGUCAGCAGUGGUUGACGCCAGCUAAGAAUCUGGCCCCUUGGAUUUACACGGGCAUAACCGAGAGCAGAGCCUGUGUCUCUAGGGGAUGAAGUUUGCAUCAAAGCGUGUGAUGACUCAAACUUCAGCCUCGGAAGGGCAAAGAGCAUUUCUGCAUUAGUGGUGGGUUCUCGGCGCUCCAUCCCACAAGGAGAUUCUGCAGGGCGAAUUCACUAGGGGGAAGACGGAAUGGGGAAAGCACAGACAGGAUCAGGUAUCCUGAUCUUGCUGUUCAGUAGAAACUUUGGAUAUGUGGACUGGGGAGAGGAGGGCACUGGUCAUGAUUUUGGGUUGCACUAGCAGUGUGAUCUAGUGGUUAGAUUAGAGAGCGGGACCGGGUAGUUCAGAUGCCUAGGUUCUAACCCUGUCUCUGCGAUUUUGGUAAGUUGCUACUUAAUCUCCAUGCAUACAGUUUUCUUGAGUAGGAGCAGAGAGGGUAUUUUACUUCUGCAUUUGGCACUGGUGCGACGGCCGCCGGAAUAUGGAGUCUAGUUCUGAUGGGCACGGUUCAAGAAGGAAGUGGAUGAAUUCGAAAGGGUUCAGAGAAGAGCCGCGAGAAUGAUUAAAGGAUUAGAAAACUGCCUCAUCGCGACGGACUCCAGAGCUCAGUCUAGUCAGCUUAGCAGAGAGGAGGGUAAGGGAUGACUUGAUUACACUCCCUCAGCAGCUACGUAGGGAACAAAUAUUUAACAAUGGGCUCUUCCCUCGAACACAAUCCAACGGCUGGAAGUUGAAGCCACACAAAUUCCGACUGGCAAUAAGGUGAGAGGAAUGAAUGAUCGGAACAAUUUUCUGAGGAUCGGGGCGGGUUCUCCAUCGCUGACCAUUUUUAAAUCGAAGUUGGAUGUUUUUUCAAGGGCUCUGCUCUAGGAAUCUGACCUGCCGUAUUAGCCAGCGGUGUAGCAGGCUCGUCAACUCUGUAUGUGGCCUAUCCAGCGUUAACGGGGGACGAGAGAACACUACGCUGGGUGGGUGUGGCUUAUGCUAUCUUGGAUGGAAGGUUCUGUAGAAUGGCUGUCUGUUGUUAUUGUCCUAAUAAGGUGCUAAUUAUAUCCCUGAUUGACCACAGCUCACUUUAUAGAGAGGAUAGAUCCAGGUCUGUGCUCCCAUCCCAUGGGCUUGGUCUUAGACCUGCAGAGCACAUGCAUAAUCCACAUGUAUAUAUUUUUUGUUUCUCCUCUGAAAUAACCUCCUCAACUCUGCUUAGAAUUUUACCCCCGGGCGUUUUUCAGUGCAGCCACACCUCUGCGAACCUGAGCAUCUUUCUUUGGGUUUAUAGUGACCCCUGGGGAUCCGGGUGUAAUUCCUUAGGAUAACUGUAAACCAACCAGGGGAUGGGCUGCUGCAGUUAAAGGUGAUCUGCAAAGUCGGGGGCAGCGGGGGUUGGGAUUGUGUCCUUUUUGGUUGUUUAGUGAUGGAUGAAGAAAGCCUGAAUGCAUCGUAUUAAAAUGAUUCUUCCUUUAAAAGUU